UUUUAGUGAAAGACAACAUGUCUUUGGGUCGCGCACUGUUAUUUCCUAUUACUUUCAGCGCAAUUGUGGUAUUAUUUGGGUUCGGAUUUUAUCACAGAUACAAGCUGAUCGUCAACCCAGUCGAAAAGGAAGAAAGGAGGAAAUAUAACAUCCAAAAGUCGCUGGAAUUUCGUCGGCAAGUUAAAGAGGUCCAAGAAAAACUUGACGAGGAUAAUUCGAGGCGUUGAUUUGAUCAAAGAUCUGGUAUAGUCAAUUAUUGCUUUUUUAUAUAUAUAUUUUAAGGGAAAGUUUGUCGUUUUAAGGUGUGCACGUAAUUUUGAUUAUUUUUUACUGGUUGUUUGACAAUCGGCCUCAGCUAGUCUUCAUGUACUUGACACAAAGUUUCCUUAUAUGAAAGUGAGAAUGAGCAUGGGGUGAUUGGCAUUAUGGGCCAACCUAUAGCUACAGGUAUACAUGACGGGUGAAGUGAAAGUUGCACGAUCGAAAAGAUGCUUGUCGCGUAAUAAACGUUCUAAACCUGAGAAAUUAACUCAAAAUGAUCGCAACUCUGAUGAAGCUACGUGUACCAGCGGGACAUAUACAGCUGUCCAAUCAAAGCAGUCAGCUCUCGUACAUCCUGAUGAUGAGAGCACUGACGAUACUAGCGGUAUUAGCGACAACUGUGUAGAAGUUGCAGGGACUUCUAGAGAUCACAAAAAUGAUGCAUAUGAAUUUUGUGAUGAUGAAGCCAUUGUGGAUGAAUCAAGACCUAUCAAUGAGUCAGGUAAUAAUAAGCGCAAGAGGAUUGACUCUGAAGAACUUGAACCAUCAGGCUUUACAAAUGUUGUUUCCAAGUUUAAGAGGUCACGCAAUGCUUUGAAUAACUUGAAACAACCUUCAAUAUGUUCGGAGAAUUGCAAAGAUGUCAGUGUGGGAUCUAAAUGUGGAAGGAACAGAACAGAUUUAUCUGAAAGGAACAAGAAAGGAACUGUUACCAAAGCUUUGUCCCUGACAGAAACAUCUUUGUAUCAACUGCACAAAGAAGACAUUAUCACAGAUGAUGCAUUGUCGACAGUUAAUGAUCAGAAGCAGAAGCAGAAGCAGAAUUCAGAAAAUCACAAUAAAGUGGACAAUGUACAUGACAGGAAAACUGAUGAUGAUACAAAGCCACAAGAUAACAGUGCAGACUGUUCAAGGAACCAAGUUUGUCCUCUAUGCAGGUUUAACUUUUUACCAAAAGAUGAGAUGGACGUGAUUAAUGAACACGUUAACAGUUGUCUUGACAGAGGCUGUGAUAGCAAUAACAGAGAAAAUGUUUUAUCAGAUGCAACUUGUGAAAGUAUUGGAGAGGAUUUGUUUUUCUGUCAACUUUGCCAAAAAGAUUUGUCAAGGAUGAAUUCACAACGCCGCCAACAGCAUAUAAAUCGAUGCUGUGAUCAGGCUGGUAAAGUAGAAGAAAUGCCGCAAUUAAGUACAGUUCCAUCUCAGCCGCAGUGUCCUAUUUGUGGUAAAGGCUUCAAAUCUUUAAAGUCUCGUCAAUCACAUCUCAAGAAAUGUGCGCAGGAAUUUAAAGUGGGCACUACUCAGCUUUUAGAGAUUGUAAAUCGCGAGAAACAGCAGGAAGAGUCUACUUCUUCAGCUGUCAGCACUGAAGUGAACACAGCAUUAUCAGCUAGUGUACAGCCUGCUCGAAACUCAACUGGAGUUAACAGAAAGAGAAGAGGUGUCACACAUGAAUGUGACCUUGAUGAAGAGACACAGCUUGCUCUGGCAUUGUCAGCAUCCAUGGCCCCACCACUUCCACCUGCCGCACAGAUCAGGAAAGGUGCGAGGGGGAAAGGAAAGAAAAAUCAGGGUGGAAGUGAACUGCCAGCUUUGUUACUCAGAGAUGAUGAGACUGCUCAAAGAGCUGUGGCGUUGAGAGCUGCUCAGGUCCUUUGCACACGGGAAGGUGAUGAUGAGGAUGAUGACAUAUCAUGUACACCUGCCCUUGCUCCAAGUCGAUUAGCGCAGAACAUUCCAGCCUGUCAGCCUGUUGAUCUUAUUGGUGAAGAAAUGGAGAGUAAUGAUUUUGCAGGUGACCUAAAUGCUGAGGUUGACGAGGCAGCUAAAUCAGAUCAUAAGGUGGAAGAUGAUAAUCUCAUGGAUGUACAUAGUGGAAACGAGCGUGAGGAAUGGUCAAGGAAACCUGCUGGGGUUACUGCUGUUGUUGAUCCUUUACUGAGCAGAUCAUUUUUUAAUUCCUUGUAUGAUGAUGAAGUUGAAGAAAGUCAACCCACUGAAAUGAAGCCACCACAAACUGGUCAUCUUUGGUCAUUAGCUGCGGCAAAGGAGGAGUCCUCUACCAAGUUUUAUGUCCCAGGCCUCUUGCCUCCUGCUUCACCAAGACGACAACAAAAACAUCCUAACCAGUUCACGCUUUCAACAUCACCAGCUAAGGAGAGUAUUGUACAAAAGAAGUUGCAUGAACAAGUUGAUGAUAAUGAUGAAACAAAGAAGGUACCCAGCCAUGCAGCUUCUGAAAAAACAGGGGAGUCUGUGGCACAGUUGCAAUUGACACCAACUGAAAAUGAUGAACCUCCUGAGAUAACACCAUCUCAAGCUGCUAAUGUGGAAAUGCUGUUAGAGCUGGCAGGUGGUGAUGACAUCUCUAAUGUGUCAAUGGACUCCCAGCAGAUGGUAGCUGCUAGCGGCUUCUGUAUUAAUGAGCAUGAGGAGGAAGAUAAGGUGAAAUGUUACACCCACACAGUCACAUUUCACUUUCAUCGUGUCCACUGCUCUGGGAAACUGCCAAGUUGUGAUCAGCUGUUUACAGCUACCUUAUACCAAGUUUGUUUCUUUAUUUGCAGGUUUAAACUGCCUUGUCUUUUAACAGCAUGCAAGAAAACUCAGCUCCGGCUGAAGCAAGCGCUCGAGAGUGUAGACGACGAUGAGACGGAUGACUUCAUUGCCACAGAUGUGGCACAAGUCGAGCAGGAUCUGUGGAAAAGUGAUAAUGAUGACGAGACCAGCGAAAAUAUUCAAACUACGAGAAAUAAAGACGACGAAGAUGACGAUGAUUUCUUGAAUGAUGAUGAUAUUGAAGAGAUAAUGAUCUUCCAAACUCAGUCGCUUCAAAGGAAAGGAAGUGAAAAGGGAAUGGAUGAGGAAGAGGACGAGAAGUCAAAGCAUCUACCAAGUGUCGAUACGGAGGAGGACGUGAUAUCGACGGACUUGGCGUGCAAUAAUAUACCCAGCAAGUUUGUUGAUGACGUUUCAGGCGACAAACCGAGUUUUCUCUCUUCGGAGGAAACGGAACAGAAGUUGCGAAAACCUCUUGAGGAUGACGUCUUGUCGCGUUGUCCAGUUGAGGAAGGUAACGUGUCACGUAAUCCUUUGGAGAAAGAUGACCUGUCAAGUAGUCCUGUAGGGGAGGGUAACGUGUCACGCAAUAUGUUGGAGAAAGAAGACCUGUCAGUUAGUCCAGUAGUGGAAGGUAACGUGUCACGUAGUCCUUUGGAGAAAGAUGACUUGUCGGAUAGUCCUAUUGUUGAAGGACGCGUGUCACGCAAUCGUGUUGAAGGAAGUAACCUGGCACGAAAUCCGGGUGGGAACAGUGGAAAUGUGGCAGAGGAGGAAGAAGUGUCGUGCCCAAAGGAACAACUCGUCGAUGAAGAUGUAAUAAUUAGAAAUGAACAGCUUCCGCUACGGGAGGAAAGCACGUUUAGAAAACAGUUGAGAAACAAAAAAGACUAUUAUGAGGGAAAUCAGUUGCUAUCAUGUGAUGACAGUGUCAUGUCACGUGCUUCCAGCAUCGAGCGUACUUGCGUGCAAGAAGGUGAGCCAAUACGCGACUCGGAUGAUGUCGAGACUCGGCCUGAAGAUCGCAUGCAAGAGAGCAGUGAGAGACGUACAGUUAAAAGAGAUCUGGAGAAGAGCUAUGGUGCCGAUGCAGAAGUGUCACACGUAGAGAAAACUGCCGAAGUAGAUUUUGAAUUGCAAAAUGAUGCGGAUUGUACUCAUAUCUACAAUGCGUCUGCAGAUUUUUUAAAUGGCGAAAACGAAGUAGAGUAUGGGGAGUUUGAGAGAAAAGAUGUUUCCGAAAAAACCCAAGACACUUUGUCCGACUUAAAUCCGGUCAAAAACAACUAUGUUAAUAUUGGCAUGGGUAGCAGAGGGAAGUUUCCCGAUGAACCUUUAUCUCUCCCGUCAGGGGAUGGCAGGUGGGAUGAUGAAGAGGUAUUUCAAGGGUCCGUAAGGGAUGUAACCGUGCCGUAUGAUGUAGAAAGCGAUGACGAAAUGGAGGAGAUGGCUCUGAAUGAAUCGAUAACAUUGAUAAGUGAUAACGAGGAAGAGGUUCUCGAUGUUUCUCCUCCCAAAACCGACAUCACUAUCAUUCCAGAAACACCUCGUGUGAGAGGACGCAUCUCGACCAAAUCUUCAUCGACUCUUUCUGUUACUGAAGAGGAUGAUGUCAGCGUGACAGGCUCCUCGCCAUCUAAAUCACGCAAAGAGUUAAACGAGGAAGCAAACGAAUUUCUCUCUAAGCUGAAGCGGCGUGCGGAACGCGGCAAGGGAAAAAAGCAAAGCAAAAAGACAGCAAAAAAGAAUUGUGGGGCUGAGAGAUCUACAGCUGAGAUUCCGCCUAAACAAACUACUCCGACAAAGAGCUCUCCUGUGAGGAAUCGGGAAGCCCAAGUUGGAAUGUCCCCAUUAUCGUCUCCUCGGCAUUCCAAUCCUUCUACUGCCUCGCCAAUACAGAUGUCUCCUAGGGGUACUAAGUCACCUAGUCUCUCGCCAAUGCAGAUCUCCCCUAGGGUUUGUAAGUCCCCCAGUGUUGUGGCAACGCAAACGUUCAGGAUUUGUAAGUCCCCUAUUGGUUCGUUAAUGCAGACGCCCCCUGGGAAUUGCAAGUCCCCCAGGGGUUUCAAUCCCCAAAGUGUUUCGCCAAUAGCCGUAGAUGAAGGUUGCGUUUCUGACGUUGUGACCAUUGUAAAUUCCUCUCCUGUGUCGCCAGAUCUUCAUCAACCACUUGAUUCGCCCCAGAAUUCUCAAACCAAAGAGAAAGAACGGAAGAAGCUAACGGAUAUCUAUGGACGAGAGAGCUUAGGAGAAAAAGAAUUUGAUUACGGGGAACCUAAUGAUGUCGAAAUCAUAGAAACUUGCGCGGACAAGACUGAAGGUGGCAUCUGUGAAAACGUAGCGUUGUCUCCCAGUUCCUCUAUUCCAGAUGUUAUGUCGCCACCAGUCCCCUCACCAAGCUACUCCUUCCUAGACCAUGUGUCAUCUCCAGGCUCUCCGAUGCCUUACGCUUCUCCACUGCCAGAAAAGAGUGUUGUAUUGGCUGAUCCUGUCUCACCAAGUCUUCCUCUUAACUGGAAAUCCCCCGCGUCAGAGAAAAAAGUGGAUGUCCGGGCGCAGUCGAAUUCACCCGUUUCUCCGUCGGUUUGUUCGUAUAGACCACAGAUCACGCAGGAUUUGUGUUCUCAGGUCAGCAGAAAAGACGCAGUGAAAAAUUUGGAUUUUGAACGGAGCUUGAAAGACAAAGAAAAACCACGAAACGUAGAAAUAGUAGAGAUUGAUCCAAACAUGCCGUUAAUGGAAAGAUUAAAGGCUGCGCGUGGAGGUGGGCACAAAAUUUUCAGUCUUGAAAAAGACGACGAUAACUGCGAUACAAACAGCGAUGAUUGCAUAAGAAAUGAAUUGAAAACAGGUGAGAAUAAGUCUUCGAUUUCAUCACAGCGAGAAAAGGCGGCAAGCUCUCAACCAGAAAUGAAUGCGUCAAUGAGUGCAGAGUUUGAUUUUUAUGACGAUGGCGGUUUUAAUUUUGACCUUGACGAGUUGAACAAUCUGGAGAGUGGUUUGGAGGAUUGCGAUAAAGUUAUAACCAAAGGAGAAAGUCAUUCUAAAGAAGGAUCAUCAAACGAGGGCAAAGUUACGGCUCAGAAGAAGGGUUCAAAACAAGUUGCGGGCAAGAGAAAAAUUCCGCUAAGCCAACGAAGAGGUCAGGACAGUGAUGACGAUGAUAGGUCACAGGAGGCUCCCUCAAAUCGUGGGAAAAAGACAGACACUCAUUCGAGCAAACCAACAGGACAGACAGUGGCACAACCAGUGACACCCAUGCCUAACUACAACGAGAUGGCCACACCUGUAUUGAAGACUGAGUUGCACAAGUUUGGUGUUCGCCCUCUCCCAAAGAAGAAGAUGAUCUUGAAGCUGAAAGAAAUCUACGAUUACACACACCAGGUUGAACCAGGCCCUCAGGCAAAUAAAACGGAACGUGCUCCAAAUAAAGGUCAGCCGCUGCCUUCCAAUGUCGCGGUCUCGGAUACUGUUGAUAAAGUAGAGGGAAGUGGAACGGCCAGCAGUGAUAACAGUGACGAGGAAGAUAGAGAAUUUGGAGACUGCACUGUGAUGAUUGAAGACGAUGUCAUAACAGCAUCCCAACAGGUCAAUGGAGGCAACUUGAAAGAGAGGCUUAUACACUACUUCCGGGACAACGAAGAGUUGUACAAAAAGAUUCUUCGGUAUCAGCCGCAAGAGUUGGUGUCAUUGCAGCAGCAGAUCAAAUCUGACGGUAUCAACUGUCCUUUGGGAAAACUUGUGGAUUUUCUUGAUAAACAGUGCAUCACUUUCACGACCGCUGGAUCAAGAACGCGGGCACCAAAGAAACGCGGAAGAAAAAAGAAAGAAGAUAAUGCUAAGCCGUCAGGUGUCCGCCUAAUAUGGGGUCCGCUUAAUACAGGUUUCACUGUACUUACGAAUAAUUUUUUUCAUCUUUCUCCCACUCGAACCAGUGACGAGGAAGAUAGAGAAUUUGGAGACUGCACUGUGAUGAUUGAAGACGAUGUCAUAACAGCAUCCCAACAGGUCAAUGGAGGCAACUUGAAAGAGAGGCUUAUACACUACUUCCGGGACAACGAAGAGUUGUACAAAAAGAUUCUUCGGUAUCAGCCGCAAGAGUUGGUGUCAUUGCAGCAGCAGAUCAAAUCUGACGGUAUCAACUGUCCUUUGGGAAAACUUGUGGAUUUUCUUGAUAAACAGUCUUGGGAAGUGAAGAUGGAGAGAGAUCUGAGAACUCUUCGGAGAUCGAAGCUCAUGAACUAUUCAGAGUUUCGUGUGAUGACCACAGCUCUUGAAAAGUACUACAAAGAUGUCAAAAUUGCAAUUUUAACCGGAAAGAGAGAAGCCAAAGAUCUGGAUAUGAGGCCAUAUUUAUAUGACGAAGGAGACCCAUAUGACAAACCAUUUUAUGGAACAUUGUUAAAAAUGCUGUCUGAGGUUGCAACGUCAAAGUACUUCGAUAAACAGCAUGAGGAUUUAAUGAAGAUUUAUAAGUGGUACAAGGCAAACAAGACGCUGAUCACAUCACCCCCUAAAAUUCAAAUUCCGAACUCUGCAAAGAGUGAAAGGAACUCUGAUGGCCAUGACAGCUUUGACGAGGACGAGGAAGAGGAAGAACUGAUGGAGCUCACUAAAGUUCCCAAAUUACACCUGAGACCUAAAACAGCACCUUCUAUUGAGGGCCGGAGAGGUGUCAGAUAUGUGACUUGGAAUGAGGCCCAACAGCAGAAUGGACCUAAAAGGCCCUCUUCAGCUUCAAAACCAACUAAACAUCAAAGAGAUCUUUGGACUAGGGAUUCACUGACAAGGAGCCUUCAUAUAAGCCCCUAUGGACCCCAUCCAAGUGAUGGCUCAUUUAUGGACUAUGAUAGUGUGCCUGGUGGGUACAUCUAUAGGCCUGGCACUGCACCACCUGUAUUCCGGAAUAAUAAGGGAAGAGUGAAUCCAGAAAAGCUGAAGUCAUUCAUUCUGAGACCAACCAACAGCAGUCCUGCUCCAUACUCAUCUCCAGUUAUAUCACCCCUCUCUUCACCAAGGGACUCCCCUGUGCCCACUAGAACAAAGUCUCCUUUGUCAGCACACUUCACUCCAGACAUUGUAAAGGAACCGUCAGUGAAAAUAGCUUCAGGAGUUGUGAAAGACAGAAGCAGUUAUCCUACCGUAGAGGAGACUAAAAUGAACAGUGAAAAUGAUAAUGACGGAAAUGAGGAGAAAACCAAUUCUGCAGUAAAUGGAACAGAAACAGGGAAAAAGUCGACACGAAAUCAUGCACACACCAUACCCAAAGAGGCCACACCCUCCCAGCUGGAGGAGAUUCUGAAACAUCAGAAAAAAGAGGAAGAACUUUUAGAAGAGCAGCAUGAAUUGUUACAGAAAAAGCUGCUUCAUGACUACGAUCAUUACGUCAAAGAUCUGAGUUCAGCGCAAGAAAAGCAAGUUGAUUUAGAAAUUGUUAACGGAGACGUGAAUGUGAAGAGAGCUGACCCAGCACAGGAUAGUAGAAAAACUGUGCAACCUUCUCCAGUUGGAACUUAUGAUUUAUCUGCACCUGAAGUAAUACCCAGUUAUUCUAUUAUGUACUCUGGAUCAAACACUGCAAACGGCCACAGCAGAAGUUCGUCGGAAAACGGUCACCAGUGGUCCAGCACAAGUCCUGCCAGGCAUGUAAGACAUGCCACAGUACCGCUCAACAACCCUCAAGAGGUAAUCAAAGUGGACGCAGUUCUUGGAAUGAUUACACCUAUUGGUGUACAAAUGGAGUAUGACCGGGGGAGGAUGAAAGGUCAAAAGUUCUCGUCAGGAUUCAGACAGCCGACCAUUCAGGUUCCAUCUGGCAGCUCCACAAAAUCGACUUCCCCUAACCCGGUCAGUGAAGAAUUUUCAUCAGCAUCAGUCCCCUCUCAAGAUCAUUCUGAAGUGGAGAGUGCUCCGCCCCAGACCUCCUCUGAGCAAGAUAGCCCGCCAAAGGAGAAACCACCUGACAGGCCUUCCUCGGAUACAACUGAUAGCAAAUCCGUGGAGCUCAAAUUUAAGGAACCGGAACUCGUCCCUGAGAGAACCCCCAGGGAUUACACGGUACAUUUUCCUCAGGAAAAGUCUCAAGAAUUGUCAAAGACCUACAAAACUUCAGGACCAGUCGUACCAGAUACCAUAAGAUAUCAGUGGACAGAUGACGGUUUUGGCAACAGAACAUACCUAAAAAAGCUCAAGGUACCGACGUCUCCUCGCGGGACGAGAAAGAAAAUUCAACAGACGCAACACGUGACAAUGCCAACCGGCAGCCGCUCAUUGGACAAACGCACCCUGGCAUCCCUGGUGGUCGUCAGACAUCUUGGUGAUGCUGACAGAAGGAACAUGUAAGAAGCUUUUGAGUUAAAGGGGCACUGCCAUUGUCAUGAGUUUGAAAAGACAAACACCGAAAGUCGUUUUCAUUGAUGGAAACCUAGACAUGAUGGUCUAGUUUUGGUAAAAAUUGCUGUAUAUGUGCAAUGAAGCUAAAAGUACGAUUACGCGUGUACAAGGUUGUAACAGGGUUCGUACGGGUCCUGGAAAACCUGGAAAGUCCUGGAAUUUUACUGUGGCAUUUUC